AUGUUUUCGUCGGCGUUCUCCGACGAGACUCCCGACUCGUACCUGUUGCCGAAGCCGUCGAUUCUCGAGUACCCGUCGGAAAUCGAGAUCCGACGCAAGAAAGCCGAUGACGACGAGGUCAAUUUGUAUUGCACGAGCUGGAGAUUCGCGGCGGAGACGAACAAUCUCGCCCCGUGGAAAACGAUUCCGGCGGAGUGCACCGAUUACGUGAAGGAUUACGUGUUGGGCAGAGGUUACUCCACCGAUCUGGAGAGAGUCUCUGAAGAGGCUUCGAUCUUCGCGAACAGCGUCGAAUUCUCCGGCGACGGCAAAGAUAUCUGGAUUUUCGAUAUCGACGAGACUCUCUUAUCGAAUCUUCCGUAUUACAUUGACCAUGGCUUUGGGUACACGUUUUCUCAAUCUCUCCCUUUACAAUUUUAUCUAAAACUUCGUUUGACUUCUCAAAUCUUCAGAACAAUUCACCACUAUAACAUAUGUGAUACAAUUGAUGAUGAUGGUGAAUUUGGAUUUGGGGAUCUUUGCAGGCUUGAGUUAUUUGAUCACUCGGAGUUCGAUAGGUGGGUAGAGAGAGGAGUGGCACCAGCAAUAGAACCAAGCUUGAAGCUUUACCAAAGAGUAAUUGAUUUAGGGUACAAAGUUUUCUUGCUUACAGGGAGGAAAGAGAGCCACAGGCUUGUCACUGUUGAAAACCUCAUCAAUGCUGGUUUCCAGAAUUGGGACAAGCUUAUUCUCAGGUAUAUACUUAAGUCACUGAUACGAAAUGUAGCUCUUUUGGUUUUUAAGUGGUCAUGCUUUUGUUAUGCAAAUGUUUGA